AUGGCGAGGAAGGCGGCGCAGGCCCACAGCGUUGGCGGGCAGCAGCCGGCUGCGGCAGCGAGGCAGCUGAAGCGCUCGGCGUGGACCGGCGUGCGGGCCCGGCAGUGGGGCGGGUGGGCGGUGGAGAUCCGCGUGCCGCUCUCCCGCCAGAGGCUCUGGGUCGGCGCGUUCGAGACCGACAGGCAGGCGGCGCUCGCCUACGACGCCGCCAUAUUCUGCUUCUACGGCGAGGACCUGCCGAGGAACCGCAGGUUCAACUUCCCCGCCGCGCCACGCCCCGACAUCGGCGAGGUCGUGCGCGCCCGGCUCAGCGUCGCCGCCAAGGACAUCGCCAACAGGCACGCCCGGCUCAGCGUCGCCGCCAAGGACAUCGCCAACAGACAUCGCCAACAGGGUAUUUUCUAUGUGAUUGCUUACAUGUCCUCUAAUAAUGAGAUUGGUCUUUUCCCUAAAAGAUAG